CGUCGAAAGAGAAGAAUUUUGUUUAACCAGCUUCAAAUUCAUCAGUUGGAAAAAAUUUUUAGGAGACAGAAGUAUCUUUCUGCUGCUGAAAGAGAUCAACUGUCUUCCAUGAUUGGAUUGAGUCCUACGCAGGUGAAAAUCUGGUUCCAAAACCAUCGGUACAAGACAAAGAAG